AACAUUUGCUGCCUUGUCGGCGGACGUCCGCAUCAACGGAAGUCCUCCAGCCGCCAUGCAUGAAGUCGGCUGCCACCACCUCCAUUUCGUUCGAUAUUCCGAUCAAAUGGGGACAUCUGCUGCCCCGCCAUUAAGCGUCGCUGACCGCUACGCUAUUGUUGAUAGUUGCCAUUGCGACGCUGCUGCUGGAGAACCGCGAGAGUCGAUGAAACCCGUUGUGCCGUCGUUAUGCCAGUCGUCUGGUCCGUCGGAUGCCACCAAAUGGGUGGUUGUGUCAUGCCUUGCAUAUCAGGUGUGUGUCGAUACCGUUCUUCUAUGUCGACCACCACCGCCCAAGCAGCUGAAGGGUUGUCGUCGCUGUUGUCAUUCUCUUAUACUGCCGCCUUCACCACCCACCUCAGUGGAUGUUGGGUUUAUUUUCUGGGCAGUAGGGGGUGUGUGUGAAGUGGGUGUGUGUUUCAGCGUGUCUCGCAAGUUUGGAUGUGUCGGGUUGUUGCUGCCGGAGAAAAGUCAAGGAAGAACCACAAUGGCUGCCACCUCAAGGCCGCCAUGGAGGUUCGGGAAUCUGUCAAUCAGCAGUUGGAGCGUACCUGGGAGACUUCAGCAGUGCCAGGUAUUUCUGAUGACCGCGGGAAGGCGAAGGCGUGAUCGUACACCUCCUUAUAUUUUCAUGAUUGAUUCUGGGGAUACUCUGAUGUCUAAACUAUUUUGAAAACAAAUUGUAAUGACUUAACGGUUUUAAAUGUUUUAAAAGUUUUAAUUUGGCUCAAAUUUUAUGGGUGUUACAAUGGUAUUUUAAACUUUCGAUGGCGAACGAUAGUGUAUUCUAGCAAAAUAUAUUUUAUGUAUAAACAUUAUAAAGCAUAGAAUGUAUACAUGUAU